UCUUGUGACCGGCAAAGAUGCUGAGACAGAUCCUGUCGGAUAUGUUCAUAGACCCUGACCUGCUGGCAGAGCUCAGCGAGGAGCAGAAACAGAUCUUGUUCUACAAGAUGAGAGAGGAACAGAUCCGACGAUGGAAAGAAAGAGAAGCAGCCAUGGAAAGAAAGGAAUCCUCACCAGUGAAAUCCAGACCAAAGAAAGAGAAUGGCAAGUCGGUCCAUUGGAAGCUGGGCGCGGAUAAGAAGGUGUGGGUUUGGGUGAUGGGGGAACACCAUCUGGACAAACCCUAUGACUUGCUGUGUGACGAGAUCCUUGCCGAGAGGGCGCAGCUGAGAGCGGUGCAGGACUCAGAGCUCAGGAAAGCUCAGUCAGUAGAAUUCACCAAUAGCUUGAAAAUGAAGUCACAGCACUGCAACCUGCAAGCACUAAAGAAGCUGGAGCCUCAGAAUGUGACAAGGAAUGCAAUGCCAGAGGAGGCCUCAGGCCAGGGACCCAGAGCAGUACCACCCAAGAAUGAAGACAGAGCCCAAACUAAAGAACUCCUAAAGAAAAAAGACGAAGAAAUAAAACAAACAGAGGAUGAGAAAACCAAGCAGGUAUACAAGAGCUGGAAAGAAGAUUCUGAAUGGCAGGCAUCUCUGCGAAAAUCCAAGGCGGCUGAUGAGAAGAGGCGCUCCUUAGCUAAGCAAGCUCGGGAGGACUACAAGAGGCUAUCCCAAAGGGGAAGGAGUGGCGACGGGCUGCCGAGCCCUCUGACCGGUUCCCAGAAGCCCAGAAGGCCUCCUCUUCCCCCGAAGCCCCAGUUCCUACACCCACCGGGAAACCCUCCGAAGUCUUUAGGGAACCAGGGAGCGAUAAGGACAGAGCCCAGUUCUGCCCACAAGGACAUCAUCCGAUGGUUCAAAGAAGAGCAGCUGCCGUUCCGUGCAGGUUACCAGAAACACGCAGACAUCAUUGCUCCCUGGUUCCACGGAAUUCUCACACUAAAGAAAGCAAAUGAACUUCUGAGCACAGGCGUGCCAGGCAGUUUUCUGAUACGAGUCAGUGAAAAGAUGAAAGGCUAUGCCUUGUCCUACCUGUCUGAGGAAGGCUGCAAACAUUUCCUCAUAGACGCAUCUGCGAACUCUUACAGCUUCCUGGGUGUGGACCAGCUGCAGCACGCCACCCUGGCAGAUCUGGUGGAAUAUCACAAGGAGGAGCCCAUAACCUCCCUGGGGAAGGAACUCCUGCUAUACCCCUGUGGUCAACAAGGCAAGCCACCUGACUACCUGGAGCUCUUUGAGUGACAGCGCUCAUCCAGAUCUGCCUCCGGCCUCCAGUUGGGCUCUCCUCUGGACAGACAUCUCUGAGGAGGACAUUUUUGUGUGAUGCCAAAAUUACUCUGUGACGGAGCCAACAGUGAACACUGUCUAUGAGGUCUUAAUUGAAACCUCCCUUCUGCAUAAAUGCUGGAGCUCGGUUCAAGGAGAUAUGAAUGACUUCUCCCUUGUCAUCAUUCUGAAAGGAAAAGGGCAAAGGUACCCAUGCCAGCAACAUCCUAUUAUGAAGGAUAGGACCUUGAAGGAUGCAACCAUAUUGAUGUAGAUAAGAACAAGGCUAAACUGAGACUUUUUUUUUUUUUUUUAAGCAAUUAAGGUGU